AUGAGCAUCGGCGUUGCACUUCUCGGUGGCGGAAUCUUCGCCCGAGAGGAGCACUUUCCUGCGAUCCAAGCGACCAAGAAACUAACACUGAAGGCAGUCUACUCACGCUCUUUAAAAUCUGCCAAGACCGUUUGCGAGGACUCCAACGAGGUUCAGCUCUACUCUGACGACUCUGCGCCUGGGAGACAACUUUCGGAUGUCCUCACCAGGGACGAUGUUCACGCCGUCAUUGUAGCGCUGCCCAUCCUCGUCCAGCCCGCCGUAAUUAAGAAGGCUCUUCUGGCUGGCAAGCACGUCCUGUCUGAGAAGCCAAUUGCCAAAGAUCUCACCGAGGCUCAAGAACUCAUUUCGUGGUAUGAAAAGAACAUUGACAGCAGCAAGGUAACAUGGGGCAUAGCCGAGAACUUCAGGUACCUGUCGCCGUUCUUGAAGACCAGGGAGGUCAUCCAGGGUCUAGGGCGACCUCUUGGGUUUCGAGUGCGCAUGCAGACAUUCAAUGAAGUGGGCGGCAAGUUCUACGAGACGGAGUGGCGUAAGAAGCCAGAGUAUCAAGGCGGCUUCCUCCUCGACGGCGGCGUACACUUCACUGCCGGCCUCCGCCUACUCCUGGGACAAGACAAGAUCACAAGUGUGUCCGCCUACACGAAUCAGCUGCAAGCCCACCUCCCACCCGUCGAUACCGCAGAUGCGAUCCUCCGCACAGAAUCGGGCGUCACUGGCACGUUCUCGGUCUCGUUCGGAACCUCGUUCGGUGGCAACGAGUGGACCGUGGCCUGCGAGAAGGGCGUGGCCAGCUUUGGCGACGGCGUCAUCAAGGUGACCAAGCCAGAUGGGCAGGCAGACACGGUCGAGUACGAGAACUCGGGCAACGGCGUGACGAACGAAGUCCGCGCCUGGGCAGCGUCCAUCGUCAACAAGAACCAAGACUGGCAGCAGCGGCCGAAAGAGGCGCUGGCUGACCUUGAGAUUGUAAGCUACGGGCAGCUUGGCUGUGUUUUUGCCAUUCUUCUUCGUUUUCUCUGCUAA